AUGUCUCGUCCUCGAUUUUGGUGCAAGUUAAGACGUCAAGGUCUCUGGUGGGAUGAUCAUAUUCUCACAGCCGCUUGGCUGGUUCUUCUAUCAACUAAUAUUGUCAUUUCCUACGAAUUCGCAACCGGAUAUGUCCAAAAGACCUGGCCGGAGCGUAUGUUAGUUCUGGUGUCGAUUUCAUCAUGUCUUACUACCGCCGGUCAGACAUGGAGCAAAUCCGCAUUUGCGGUUACCCUUCUCCGGAUGACCAACACCUGGCAAAAAGCCAUUUGCGUCAUCAUCAUCAUCGUCCUCAACGUCCUUCUAGUCCUUAAAGUCUUUGUGGAUUGGUCCAAGUACUGCGGCAAAGACGGGUAUCAGAACGAUUGGAGGAUGUCUGGUUUCUGUGUAGAUUACCAAGCUGCAUACAACAUAAAGGUUGCAGGAAAUAUCUUCAAUAUUGUGGCGGACUUCGUCCUGGCGCUAUUUCCAUGGAUGGUUACUUGGAAACUGAGGAUAUCUCUCAAAGAGAAGAUUGCUCUUUGCAUAACGAUGAGUCUUGGAGUUGUGGUCGCCAUUAUCUCAGCUGUGAGAACUGCCUGGAUGCAAGACCCAAGUGUCGAUGCCUACAACGACUAUUAUUUUUGGCGCCAAGGACUGUCAAUGGUUUGGUACUCGGCCGAAGUAGCCGGAACUAUAAUCGUGCAAUCCAUACCACUAAUGCGGCCACUGGUAAACGAUAUGCACACAUCACUAGCAUCCAAGAAAUUAAGCUCUGGAGCCGACGGCUCCAACCGAAGGAAAAGUUACGGAAAAGGUUCCAGGAGGAGAACCCUCACCCUAAUACUCCAGGGCUGUGAUGUAAAGGACAUCGAAAACGACCCCAACGACGAGGGAAGACUAGACGUCGAUCGAAUGCACCUGAUCCAAGACGAGAAUGGAAAGAUCGUGAUCCGAAGAAAAGAAGAGGAACCACUAGCCGAGUAUCAGAAUAGCCGCAUGGUGUCCAAAACACUAGAUGAGGAGGAGAUGAGCUUGACACAGGACGAAACGGGGAGGAUUGUGCUGACUCGUGAUUAUCACGCCAACGGAGGAUUGGAGGAAAUUCCCGAAAACCACGACAAUGAAAGCCUGGAGGAGAUUCCUGAAUACCACAAUAUUGGAGGCAAGGAACAUAUACCCAUGACGGAUUUUCACGCCCUCACUUGUAAUUAG